ACUGACACUGAAUGAUAAAAAUGUGGAAUAUUUGUAUGAUUGUUUGUCUUUGUGUAUUGGCUGUAGACUCGCAGCUGAUAUAUACAGCUAAUAAUGAUGGACAACAAACUCUACAAGAUAUGCUUCACAUCCUAGAAUCUCAAAAGAAGUAUUCAGAUCUUAUUUUGUUGAGGCAAGCGAAUAUCACCGAUUUUCUACGGACAACUCCUUGUAAUCUUCAAUAUCAAGGCGAAUUUGUUGUUUUUGAUGAAGAUGUUAAGCGUUCCUUCAAAACAUCCUUUGAUUCAUGCAAGUCGGACUGUUUGAAGUCAACUCAAUGCCGAACUAUGUAUCGUCUUAACGGAUUCCGUUUCAUCGUUAACAAGGAUGUUGAACAUAGUCCAUAUGCAGGCUCGAUGUUAUAUCAUAAAGUGUGUACUGGAAUAUAUGAUGAUGUUAGAGAAGUGCUAAGACAGCUAUCAGAAUUAAUUCAAAAAGUAAAUGAUAUCAGCAGUGAAGUCAAGAGUCUACGAGAGGGGUUGACAAAGGCCAAUAUUAUAUCAUAAAGUGAUAUGGAAAUAAAUUACACGAUAAACUGUUGCUCCUAUAUAAAAAUAUCCUGUAUCGGUUUAAUAUCAGCAUGUUGCAAACUUAAGUAUUUUUAGGGUUUUUUCAUACGUCAAUAUUGACGAUGUUUGACCAGAUUUUUAAAACCGUAAACUGUAUAGAAAAAGGCUGAUAUGAAAGGCGUUUGAAGACAAUUUUGGAGUUGACUGGAUUUGUUGUUGUCGGCUGGGUUGUUUUUAUGUUAAUUGGAAACCUACACAUGCCGCUAACAAAUCAUAAUCAGGCUGAAAUUGCAUUUUAGGUGCAAAAUGGUCAAAUUAAAUCGGUCAAAUCCC